GCCUGAAGUGUUUAUGUCCGACAUCAACUCUUUUUAGCGAACGAACUGCAUGGAAAAAUCGUUCUAUUUGCCGUAAUGUCAGCUAUCGAAUAUAGAGGCUUGCUCUUUGAGGUAAGCCAGAGAUUCGACGAACUGAAUAUGCUGAAAAAGUUGCUAUUCCUGUGCAAGAAAAAGCUAACUCCUGGGGGCAACAUCGAGAAUGCCUUGGCGCUGUUUGAGAGAUUGGAGGAACAGAAAUAUCUGGGAACUGAUCGCUUGAAGUUACUGAAAGAGCUUUUGGAAGAAUUUGGAGAGUGGUCCCUUUUAGAAAAAGUGAAAACGUUUGAGAACAAAAGGAAGGAGUAUAAAGCUUUGCUUAAAAAGGCUAGGUGUGCACUCGACGAACACAAUGAUCUGGAACGGCUGAUCAAGGUUUGUGAAGGCAAAAUAUCAGAAGAAAGAGAAGGAAACAUCAAAGAUGUUCAGUCGUUGUUACAAGGACUAGAAGAUGAAGAGAUUCUGGGAAUAAGCUGCCUUGAUAUUUUGAAAGAUCUUCUGACAGCAGCAGAGAGAGGCGAUUUGCUUCAGGAAGUGAAAAAGUUCGAAGAACGAAGAAAUCGGGAAGCUAAGUUUAAAAGACAGAAAGGUGAGCUAGAGGCUGCUUUCUUAGGUUCUGUCAGAAGCUCUAUAACUUUAGUGUGUAAUUUUCGUACCGUUGCUGGUGGUCUUCUAACGGUUAACAGUGGCAUGGCUCUGCAAAAGUGCUCUACUCGCCAGGACUACCAGGAGACCUUUGAAAAAGUUGUAUUACCUUCAUCCAACAAGCUGAUUGAGAUCAGUAAUGGUUCUGUACGCUUCACGGUAGAAUCUGAGAAUUUGAUUGCUUUGAAGGAGUUAUGGGAUAUCUACAAAGAUGGAACAUUGCAGAGUCGUCUUCAAGAAUUCCUAGUCACUGAUGAAAUUAAGCAACUUGCGAAUGGAGAAGACAUUGAAGUGACAGUGUUCAUUGAUGAACACGAGUAUAACGAAGCCUAUUUCAAUUUGUUUUUACUUCAUCAAGGAGGUGUAACGAUUAACAGUGUUGAAAGAAGACGGCGAAAUUCUGAUUCAGCUGUGUAUUUCAACGCAAAGAAAUUACCAUUGUCAAGGCUUGAAUGUCUAGAAACUGAAUUAAAAUAUCUCCACAACAGAAUUACACUGCUGGAGGAAAAAGACCAGAAUUUGGGAUUGCACUCUUUGGGGAAAGUGGAAAUCGCAUCUUCAGGAUCACACGAUGAAAAUUUUGAUAACAAACUAUGGGACCCCACGACAAUGGGGAAAGACACUAUAAAGAUGGAAAGAUCAGAAGGACGCGAAAGUAAACUAACAAUGAAAUUAAUGGGCGCAGAAAAAAUGGAUUUUGUACAGAGGUAUAUAGCGAAUGUGCAAGAGACAUAUAGCUUGACGACUGAGGCAAGUGACAGUGGUUUGGGAGCACGAACUGCUGUGUCCGAAGAGGAAGCAGGAGACGUGAGAGAUUCCAGUACACUUUGCGUUAAAGAUCUGGGGGAAGAGUCAAUAAAUAAAGUGGAUCGGAAACUUUCUGUUGAUAAAGUUGGGUUGGAAAGGGUUUUUCGAUUUUUUGGUCUUAAAGUGGACUUUAAAUCUUCCAGUCAUGUUUCUUUUAUGAAGAGGAUUACACAUAGCUUUCCAAACACUCCUGUUGACCUAAUGAGGCAAUGUUUCGAGGCACUUCAAAUGUAUGAUCUUGUUGACCUUCUGGAGAAGGCGGUGAAAACAAGUUCACUUCGUCCUGUCCUUUCCUCGGGAGAAGUCGAGACGUUACGCACUGGUAAUCUUCCCACAAAGUCUCACAAUAAUGUGGUAGUACUGGUAGUAAAUGACAGUGCGGACAAAGACCUCAAUCAAAAGAUUGAGGGAUUUUUUAAAGAAUUAAAUUCACAGAACGAUGUCACUGUAAUUGGAUCUUCCAGGUCGGAAGAAAAGCUCAAGGAACUGAGGGAUUUGAAACGGAACCAAAUGGAUUUGAAACGGAACCAAAUGCGUUUGAAACGACUAAGCGAGGUGGCAAAAAUAGGGAAAAGUUUUCGGCCUAAAAGCAGAAAACUUACAUGGGAUGAUGACCUCUCUGAGAUAAAGUUUGAAAUCGCAAAGCUUGAAAAAGAAAUAGAAAUGAACAAACCGCUUGUGGAGGAGCAACUGAAAGAGAACGAGGAGACUAAGACGAUCAUAACGUCUACAAUGGACAACUGGAUUCAGAAUCAAGAGAAAUUCACCGCGAUUUUUCUAGCUUUCAUCAUCGAUGAAAGGAAAUCAAUUUACGAUUAUGAUGUUUUAUCAGAAUGUGUGGCGUCCAAGUUGUCAUCGCUUCCAUAUCACACGAAAAUCGUGGUUGGUGCUCCGAGGGGGAUAAUCAUUGAUAAGGUUCCUGAGAUGCUAUCUAUUGGUUCUCCAGGCAGGCCAAUUACCUCCUCGAUCUUCAAUUCGAUGAUUGAGAUUUUCAUCAAGCGAUACCACAAAGUGGAUCUCGUCUCAAUGAUGAGAGAAUUAUUAAGAACAUCUAAACGAGGUAUGAAUGACAUCCGAAGCAAUCUUUCUACUCUUCCAAGUUUUGAGAAAAGGAAAGAACAGGAGCUCGAACGACGCUAAUCAUAUGUGAAUUAAACGAGACACUAUUUGAAAUAAGAAACAUUAUCAACAACUAAUAAGGGACCAGUCAUCCGAUCAUUAUCUAUC